CCACGCGCGGAGCGCUUUCGUAGCUAUUAUAAAGUCGUUCGCGCCAUUGAUACCGUGCUGCAAACCACUUGUUGCUGACUCACAUCGAGCUUGCGAAUUUCACGCCAACCCCUCCACCAGUUCUUCAAUAUCACCCGCCUCAGUUCCAUAGCCAGCACCCCGCCGCCCCGCAACCAUGACUUCCCAAAUCCCCAUCAUGUUCACGCUCCCACCGUCCAACCGCCACGAGCUCAUCCUUCUUGACGUCGAGAAGCCAAGCCUCAAGGCGCUCAACAAGCAGCUCACAGCGACUAUCGCGAGCAGCCCCAAUUGCGAGGAGUUCAUGGCCAAGCACAAAGCCGCCGACACGCCCAAGGAGCAGAUCCUCGAACUCAAGGUGCACUGGAGCUCUGCAGGGAGGGAUCGCAAGGUUUGGCCUGAGUACACGAUUGUCACGGAGGCGAAUUUCCCGGCGAUUUUGGAGGUGUUGAGUAAGGGGGAUGCGAAGGAUGUGCUGGAGGUUAAGGUUGGAAAGGAGGAGUAAUGGCCGCGAGGGGAGUGUAGGUUGUUUUAAUAUAUACUUAAAUUUAGAGAGU